AUGCCUGAACCAGCUAAAUCCGCACCGAAGAAAGGAUCCAAGAAGGCCGUCACAAAGACCGCCGGUAAGGGAGGAAAGAAGCGCAGGAAGUCCAGGAAGGAGAGUUACGCUAUCUACGUGUAUAAAGUCUUGAAACAGGUUCAUCCUGACACCGGGAUCUCUUCCAAGGCGAUGGGAAUCAUGAACUCUUUCGUCAACGACAUCUUCGAGCGCAUCGGCGGUGAAGCGUCUCGUCUCGCUCACUACAACAAGCGCUCCACCAUCACAUCGAGAGAGAUCCAGACCGCCGUGCGUCUGCUGCUGCCCGGUGAACUGGCCAAACACGCCGUGUCUGAGGGCACAAAGGCCGUCACCAAAUACACCAGCUCCAAGUAAAAUAACGUCCUGUUUCUAAACCAACCCAAAGGCUCUUUUAAGAGCCACACAUCUUCUCGUUUAAAGAGUUUCUUGCAGUAAAACAAUUGUUUAUCCACUUUUAGCUACACAUAGUUUGAGACGAAUAGACAAGAAAUAAUCAAAAUGUUUUAUGAAAGAAGAUGCUAAAUAGACAGUAAUAUGUAUCUGAUCUAUAUUUUCGUGUUUGAAUUAUAUUGUUAAGCUUCUAAUGACUCUA